GGAAUAACAAUCUAUAUGUCUGGCUCUGCCUUCUUCAUUUGCAUCUCUGUAAGAGCUGGCUAUAAAAAGAGGAUGAAAAGGGGGAAAAAAACACAGAUGCUGAUGACCAUCCAUUCAAGUCACAGAAUGUCACUCAUAAGAUCUACCGCUCUUCUGCUUCUAUGCGCAAUUAUCACAUUGACUAAUGCACAGUCUGCCUGCCCUGCAUUAAGUGACUCUACUAAAACGAACACUAACUAUACACUGACCACCCCACCAAGUGUUACCAAUGGCAUUACCUAUCCAGUAACUUUUGCAUCAAACAGCAGCACAAAUGGCACAGUGCUCUUGCAAGUUCUAUCAAACAAUACCUCUGUGGGCACCUGGUCAUCAUUACCAAGUGGAUUUGCAAGUUGUACUGGAGGCAUUUGGUACAAUUUCACAUCUGGUAACUUCUCAUUAACAGCAAAUUGGACAGCACCAUCAUCGCUAAAUUCUUCUUCUGUCCUAUUUAAAGCUUUAUUCAAUGACACAAAUGACGUAUAUACAGCAAACAAAACUGUGACAUUUGCUUUAGCAACUGCUACUACAGCUGCCACAACUGCCAAGGUUACAACAAAUGGAGGACCUGCAAAUCAUCUAGCACCUAUGUUUUUCACUUUGAUGGAAACGCUCUUCUUCCUUGUGGUCACCAGAAAAUGUCUGUCUUAAAUCAGAAUUGAAAACAAAUCAUUGAUGUUUAGGCUGUAUUUACAUGGGCAUAAUGAGUUUUACAAUGCAAACCACGGGAUCUUGCUGGCAGCAAGAACCUGCUUUUUAGGUUGUCCAACCUCUCUACACAUGUAACGUUUGUAUAACAUUUACAUGCAUACAAGUAUGCCUGCAUGCAUACAGUGUUAAUGCAGCCUAUUGGUUGCUAGGACACAGUCAGAAAUUGCCAUCUGACAUCUGUUGUUGCUAGGAUGCAGACAGCUAUUGCCAUCUAAUGAUUAUUUGCUAGGAAUCUGUUCUUGUACACCAACAGAGUACAGUUGAGCUGUAUACAUUUACACAUUAGCACACAUUUUUACAUGCAUACAGCGUAAAAUAUAGUCCUUACGAAAGUGAAUGCAGAUUUUUCUAUUUUGAUUUUAAGGAUCUGAACACAGUUUACUGAUCUUGACACAGCUCUGUGUAUACAGCCGUAACAAACCAUAGAUCUGUGUUCAGAUCCAUAAAAAAAAGGGAAAACAAAUUUGCUUUUUGUAGCCAUUUGCAUGAACUUUUACUGGUUAACUAAAGACUAAAUGUAUUCCCAAUUUACCUAAAAAUUUUGCCUAAUUUCCUCAUAUAUCCAAGCAUAUUUUAAUUUAUAUUGUGUUGAUGAAACAAAGGUGCAAUCCAAUAGUUUGUAAAAAUGAUGCCUUGAAAUACCUUCCUGCCCGUCAAGGGCUUCUGUCUUUCAUACAGGUGUUGCAAUACAUCUGGUCACCCUUCCCUAGCAAUGCCUUGUACUGGUAGUCUACACUACUGAGAAAGCAUGUCUUCCUGGAAAGUGUUGUGAAGUAUUCCUAAUGCUUAUCUCCAAGACAACAAAAAUCUUCCCUUGCAUUGGGACUGCACUACACUAUACACGUUUAUGUCUGGGGUACUAGAAAAAACUGUUUUACUUAUGUGAUCCCCUGCAUCAUCCAGUCCAAUGAAGGGAAUGCGGCCAGUGAAAAAUGGGAGAAGAGGCUGCGGAUGCUGGUCUUAAAGCCUGGAGGGAUACUGCAGGAACGGGGGAAUUGGUUUAUAAAAAGUGUUUUUUACCAUACCCUAGCAUAAAUAAACAUAUAACCAUUGCACUGUAGGGGUAGCUUUAACUCUACCCCACAAAAACAAAAGACAGGGAGCGUACUGAGUACUGACAUAGUAUAGCAAUAAACUUCAAUGGAGUUAAAAAAGGCUAAUCAAAUGCACUCACAAUUUUAAAACAUAACAUUGUUUAUCUGUGGCCUAGAGAAGGGGUUCCCUGAGGUCUUUCAGAUUUUAUUACAGUUGAAAUGUGUCUUGGAUUUCGAUAACACAUCCAAGAUUUCACAAACUUCCCAGAUUUCUUUUUAAUCCCAAUUCUGUAUAUAGAUCUGUCUUUUGGAUAAGGCAUUUUUGGCUACAGCCUCUGAAAUGCCUUACGUUCUAUAAAUACACAAAAGUCUGUAAUUAGUAGACUUCUAUUUUUACUUUAUUCUUUAUAACCUUUGGUAAUAACUAUAUAUAUUUUUUAUUAAUUAUGAGAAAAACAAUAUUUUUUUACAGAAAUUAACACUGGAAGAUUUUACAACAAAUAGGUCAAAACUACAAUAAGCCCUUGCAUUUUUAUACUUUUUUUUUAUUGCAGAGCCCUGCAUUUAUUGCCUAUGCACAAUGCUUAAAGUACUACAAAACUAACUUUAAAGCUGAACUCCAGGCACACAUAAAAACCUAAAUUAAUGCAGUUAUGAUGAGUUAUUUAAAAAAAUUAUGAAAAUAAUUUUAACUACAACUAAUAUAAGUACAUGAUUCGGACUCUUGUUCAACUACAGGUUGGGGGCAAGCAGUUGACUAGGCUGUAUUGCUGCACCAAUACACAGCACCAGACAAAAGUUAGGUCACUAAUCUGGACCUGUUGUUUGGUAUGGCUUUGUAUAUAGCACAACAUGAAAGACAGAGAUAACAUUACAGGAGGAAAAUGUUUUCUAACUAAUGUAUUUGAACAGUACAUUCGGUUGUUUGCCUGGAGUUAAGUUGUCAUACAACCUGACUUCAUGUGAAAUUUCUGCUCAUGCUGUGUAAAGAAUUUAUCAUGAAAAUCAUGACCACAUAAUAUAACAACUCUAUUGUUUAAAACUUAUUGUGCAUUUUCAAAGGGAAAUAAUUGUAUAAAAACUCUUAAUAUUCUGGAACUUAUUAUUUUGAUUAAAAAAACUUUUUUUCCUGUUUUAAUAAAAAUGUAAAACACA